AUGACGAGUUUCGUCAAGCCUGAGAAUGCCUUGAAGCGAGCGGAGGAGCUUCUCGAAGUGGGCAAACAGAACGAAGCCCUGGAGACUUUGCAUCAUGCGAUCCUGCACAAGCGCUGGAAGAACCAGUGGUCCCCAACCCUGGAGAAAAUCAUAGAGCGCCACUUGCAGCUGUGUGUCGAGCUUCAGAAGAUGCGUUUUGCCAGAGAAGGUCUUCACCAAUACCGCGCGACAUGCCAAGCUGCGAACAUCCAAUCGCUGGAACAGGUCGUCCGAGUUUUCCGCAGGGCUGCAGAGGAGAAGGUCAACCAGGCCAAGAAAGAACAGGAUGUAAGGCUUGGUAAGGUGGCCGACUUGGAGGAAAUGGAUGCGCCCGAGACCAUCUUGCUCCAGGCCAUCCAAGCAGGGGACACGCGCCAGCAGAGCCAGGACAAGGAUGUGCACACCCACUUCCGUUUCCUGUGGGAAACCUACAAGGUGAUCUUGGAUGUGCUGAAGUCCAACAGCCGACUCGAGGAGGUCUAUCAUGAGACUUCGCGACAAGCCUUCGAGUUCUGCCGCGCAAACACAAGGCCUCAGGAGUUCAAGCGCCUGUGCGACAUUCUCAGGAAGAACUUCCAGGACCUUUCGAAGCGCACCGGUCCUACUGGACAGAAUCCGGUGCAGCCCAACAACGUGGACACCAUCACCAAGACUCUGGAGACGCGUUGCCGUCAAAUGCAAGUUGCAACAGAGCUGGACCUUUGGCGUGAGGCCUACAACACCUCCUCAGAGAUCUGUGAUCUCAUGACGGCCCUUGGAAAGGUCAAUCAGCGACCGAAGCCGCACCUUAGGUCCAUGUACUACGAGCAUCUCGGCCAAAUCUUCUGGAAGAGCGAGAACUAUCUCUUCCACGCCUUUGCCAGCUUGAAGAAUGUAUUCUUCGUAAAGGGAGCGAAGCAAAACAUGCCGAAGAGUGAGUUGGAGCUCCUUGCCUCACGCGCGGUGCUUGCCAUGCUUUGUGUUCCAUUUCAAGAGAACUCAGACAUCCAGACUUCCCUGGAGAUGUCCACGGAUGGUUCACAUCAGUACGAGAAGGCCAAGAAGAACGCCUUCUUGUUCAGCGCGCAGAGCGUACCAACUCGCGAUUCCAUCAGCAGUCAGAUUACAGAGAAGAAUUUGCUGAGCAUCGCUGCGGACCCUUGCGCGAAGCUCUUUGGAUUGGUGGAGUCGGACUUCACUCCGCUCUCGCUCUGCCAGGAUGCGAAGCCGUACCUGGACCAAAUCGCCUCCGACGAGAUUUGCGAGGGUAAGCUUAAGGACUAUGUUAUCCCACUGAAGCAGAUCAUUUUCUUCCGCUUGAUCAAGCAACUGUCAGAGGUGUAUGUGAGCAUGACCAUCGAAGAUUUCGAGAAUGCGGCAUCCAUUGUGCCCUUCAACAUCGCAGAGACAUGGAUGGCGAAUGCCUCACGUCAGCAAGGCAUCAGCAUUCAGAUCAAUUACAUGCAGAAGGCCAUCAUCUUUGGGGCGCCGACCAAAGUUGACAUGAAGAGCAUGCGUCAGCCGCUUAUCGAAAUUGGCUACAAGCUGCAGCAGGCCAUGCAAUGCGUUGCCCAGGAAGAGCUGCAGAGAAAGGACAAGCUUGAGAAGCAGCAUCUGCUCACAAACAUCAAGGAGAGGAUGGAGCAGGAGACGAGGUCUAUCCGACAGCGAAAGGAGGAGAUCGAAAGGCGCAAGGAAGAGAGCGAGCGUCGCAAGCAGAUUCAGGAGAGGGAGGCUAUGGAGCGUCAGCGCAAGGAAGAGGCGCUGGAAGCCGAGAAGGAGCGUCGCAGGCAAGAGGAGGAGAGAAAGCGCCGCGAGGUUGAGAAGCAGGAGCAGCGCAAGAAGGAGCAGGAGCUGCAGAAGAACCUGGAGGUGCUGGAGCAGAUGAAAAAGCAGGCCGAGCAGAGGGCCACCAACCUCAAGGUCGCCGGAAAGAAGAUUACAGAGAUCGAGGCCGAUGACCUGACCAAUAUCAGCUUCGAUCAGAUCGAAAAGGCGCGUGAGGCCCAAGUGUUGAAGGAACGCCAGGACAAGAUCCGCCAGCGCAAAGCCGAAAGCAAACGUGUCGAUCACCUGGCCCGUGCCUUGCGUGAGGAGGAGGCAUCUUCGCUGAAGCAGUGGUCUGCGGAUGUCGAGAAGGUAGAUGCGGAGCAGUUGGAGAAGUUCGAAAGCGCAAAGCAGGAGGAGCAGCGCAAGCAACACCAGAAUUUGCUGAAGGAAAAGGAAGAGCUGCUGCCGUUCCAGCACGUGAAGGACAAUUGGGCUGAGCAGCAGCUGGAACCCCGACGUUUGGACUGGGAAGAGGAGCGUGGGGCGCAGAUCCACCGUUUGACAAAGAAGGUUGUGCAGAACAAGAUUGCCCGCGCCAUGCAACGCCGGGACGCACAUGUCAAGGAGCAGAACGACGCCCGGGAGAAGGAGAAGCGCCGCCAGCAGGAGGAAGAGCGCCGCCGGCAGCGAGAGAUCGAAGAGCAGGAGGAGGCCGAGCGUCAGGAGCGCCAGAAGCGCGAGAGAGAGGAGAAGCGUGCUGUCGAGGAAGCUCGCCGAAGAGAGGACGAGGAACGCCGCGAGCGAGCAGAAGAAAAGCGUCGAGAGCGUGCCAGCAAGCCCAGAUUGAUGAUGCAUGUUCAGUUGGCCUUGGGCGAGUGCAGAUCGAACAUGCAGAGGUCCAGUCGGCGGAGAGUGCAAUCGAAGCUGCUUUCUGUCCUGGAGGGGGGUUAUUCUUUGCAUCGAACCAUCGCCAAGGAGCGCGAGAUUGAAGAGAGGGAGGCCAAAGAGCGCGAGGCACUUUCAACACGUCCAGAAGGAGUUCUCGUCAUGAAGUUUGAAUGCGUGGGUUGCCGAGCUGAUGCUGUCCUGGUUUGGUCCAGGCGGCUGCGGCAAACCGACGUGCAGGCGGCGGCGGUGGAGGAGGUGCUGCUGGAGGCUAGAAGAGCUCCGCGCCGUGCUGUGGCAGAAGAGGUUGAGGAAGGCGUGGAUAUCAGCGAGGAAGCCGCGGAAGAUGCAGAAAACUUCGAGGUCAAGUUCCCUGUGUACAGUAGAAAUGACAAUAGUAUUACCAUCAAGACAAAUGUGACGAUCUUGCCGCUGACGAAAACAGCCAGUUCCCUUCUUUCGAAAUACGGGGAAGUCGAGAUGGACUGUAUGGGAGCAAGAAGUGUCUUCAAUGCCAUCCGGGUCGCGUGGCUCCAACACGAAUGGAACAGCGGGAUAUCCGGAACAUUCAGACGACUCGGCGCGGGAAUAGCGCUGCGUCCGGACAUGCUGUCAGAUCCAUCCAUUCAAGCCACGCGGAUGCGUUUACACGUGGCUCCCGUGAAAUUGCCGGAGGCGGCUGUGGCGGCUCUGAGUCAGGACCAGGACGACGAGAAAGUUUUGAAGGCACCCACUUCCCUCGACUCUGCAGGAAGGGCUUCAAAAGCCCUUCAAAUUAGAGUUGAAGAGAGCGGGGCGGCUGCCAUUCAAGGUGUGGGACCGGAAUCUGUGAACAGCAUCAUGAAGUCGAUCUUCCGGGCCAACCAGCGCAUCCUCAACUUCGACGCCGAUGCCGACGUCCUUUGGGCUCUCCAAAGCAGAGUGGAAUUGGACGGAGGCAAUUCAGCCGUGCGUUUUGUUGUCUUCAAGGCUCCGCUAUGA